AUGGCCGAGGACGAUUGUGUUGUUCCUAAUAUGCAGGGUAGUUGUACCGAAAGAUGCAGUUUCAGUGUUCUUAGCUGGGAGCAAGUACAGCGUCUGGACAGCAUUAUGACCGAGACUAUACCGAUUCACGGACGGGGCAAUUUCCCUACUUUGGAGAUGAAACCCCGACAAAUAGUCAAAGUAGUGCGAACUCGCAUGGAAGAGAAACAGAUCAACGUGAGAGAUGUACGUCUCAACGGUUCUGCUGCAAGCCAUGUUCUUCAUGAAGACAGUGGAUUGGGGUACAAGGACCUUGACCUCAUAUUUUGUGCUGAUCUGAAAGGCGAGAUGGAAUUUCAGAUAGUCAAGGAUAUAGUUCUAGAUUGUCUCUUAGAUUUUUUACCCGAGGGAGUAAACAAGGAAAAAAUCACACCCUUAACCUUAAAGGAAGCUUAUGUGCAGAAGAUGGUUAAAGUGUGCAAUGACUCAGACCGCUGGAGUCUCAUCUCCCUGUCCAAUAACAGAGGCAAAAACGUGGAGCUCAAGUUUGUGGACUCCCUGCGGCGGCAGUUCGAGUUCAGCGUUGACUCUUUCCAGAUCAAACUCGACUCACUGCUUCUCUUCUAUGAGUGCUCUGAAAAUCCCAUGGCACAAACCUUUCACCCGACCAUAAUUGGCGAGAGCGUGUAUGGGGACUUUGGCGCUGCUUUGGACCACUUGCGUAACAAAGUCAUCUGCACACGUAACCCCGAAGAAAUCCGAGGUGGUGGUCUGCUCAAGUACUGUCACCUGCUUGUGCGGGGCUUUAGGGCCGCUUCCGAGACAGAUAUGAAAUCGCUUCAGCGCUACAUGUGCUCGCGCUUCUUCAUCGACUUUUCAGAUAUUAACGAACAGCAGCGCAAAUUGGAGUCAUACCUCCAGAACCAUUUUGUGGGUCUGGAGGACCGUAAAUAUGACUACCUGAUGACACUACACAGGGUAGUCAAUGAGAGCACGGUUUGCCUAAUGGGACACGAGAGGCGGCAGACGUUAGGUCUCAUCGCUAUGCUCGCAGUGCGCGUGCUGGCAGAACAGAAUGUCAUUCCGAACGUUGCUAACGUCACCUGCUACUACCAGCCUGCCCCAUACGUAGCAGACGGCAACUUCAGUAACUAUUACAUUGCCCAGGUGCAACCAGUGUUUGCUUGCCAGCAACAUGCGUACUCCACCUGGCUCCCUUGCAACUGA